CCGGCGCUGCUGCGGAGCGGGCUCACGUUGCGGAGGAAGCGGAGCGCCGCCGGGGGCCGGACUCUCUCAAGAAGAAUUUCCAAUCCAUACCUCGAACAUACUUCUUCCCAGAUUUAUGGAGAGAAUUCGUCUUGUGCAGGAAGAGCAUUGCGGAAUAUUAUUAUUGUUCAGGCAGCUGACUUGAUAAAGGACCGGGUGAAUCUCAAGGGCUUUUACAGGAGAAGCUGCGUUGGAUCAGAGCUGGUCGACUGGCUCCUGGAACACUGCCCUUUUGUCCAGUGCAGAUCUAUGGCUGUGGGGGUCUGGCAGCUCCUACUGGAUAUGGGAAUUAUGUCAUCAGUGGACCAGCAUCUCUACUUUCAAGACACCUAUGUAUUCUACCAGUUUUCUUCUGACGAAUGUAGCUACUUGUACUGUGAAUUUGAACGAGAAGAAGAAUGGCAAAAUGGUGUCAAACUUCUCCUGCAGCUUGUGCCUCUCAUCCCUGCUAGAGCUGGCAUCUGUGAACUGUCUCAUCAGAAAAUUGAAGAUGCCGAAGAAACCAGUGAUGAAAUUCUCGCUCGUCUUACAUCUGCGGUGCAGAGAGAGCUAGCAGCUGUCAUUGCCUUGAAAGCAAGGAAGUCUGAACUUGAACAGGAUGAAGAAAACAGUGAGAAACACAUAGCAGCCCCAGAAGGUGAAGCUGUUCCAGAGUCUCAGGCCGGGGUGAUGUGCAAGCUUCAAGAGAGAGAUGAUAUCGGACGAAUUGAGCUGGUCCAGAAGUUGGCAAAAGAAAACUGUCAGCUUUUGCAGUUGGAUAAGAGAGAGCAGGAGAAAUCUGAACAGCAAGAUGAUGAAGUGACUACGGUUCAGGUUAAAGAGCAAGACCAGAGCGUGCUGGUGCUGAAGAAGGUGCCAGGCUGCGGCCCAGCCCCCACAUCUGGGAGUGCGGAGAGUGAUUGGAGAUACGUGGUGGUGUCCGGGACUCCCGAGAAGAUUUUGGAGCAUCUUCUGAAUGACUUGCACCUGGAAGAAGUCCAGGACAAAGAAACAGAGACCCUCCUGGAUGACUUCCUCCUCACGUACACUGUGUUCAUGACGACUGAUGACUUGUGCCAGGCGCUGUUAAGGCACUAUUCUGCUAAGAAGUAUCAAGGCAAAGAAGAAAACUCAGAUGUUCCUUGCAGGAAACGUAAGGUCUUACAUCUUGUUUCCCAGUGGAUUGCUCUGUACAAAGACUGGCUGCAUGAAGAUGAGCAUUCAAAAAUGUUUUUAAAGACCAUAUACAGGAAUGUACUAGAUGAUGUAUAUGAAUAUCCAAUACUUGAAAAGGAAUUGAAAGAAUUUCAGAAGAUACUUGGAAUGCACCGUCGUCACACUGUCGAUGAAUAUUCCCCACAGAGGAAGAAUAAAGCCCUUUUCCACCAAUUCAGUCUUAAGGAGAAUUGGCUUCAGCACAGAGGAACUGUGACGGAAACAGAGGAAAUUUUUUGCCACGUGUACAUAACUGAGCACUCCUACGUUAGUGUGAAGGCGAAAGUUUCCACAACAGCCCAGGAGAUCCUGAAAAUCGUUGCAGAAAAGAUCCAGCAUGCAGAGGAAGACCUGGCUCUGGUGGCCAUCACAUUUUCUGGGGAAAAGCAUGAACUUCAGCCAAAUGACUUGGCCAUCUCCAAAUCUCUUGAGGCGUCUGUUCGAAUAUAUGUCUACCGGAAAGACCUGGCUGACACUUUGAAUCCAUUUGCAGAAAAUGAGGAAUCACAGCAAAGGUCGAUGAGGAUUUUGGGAAUGAACACUUGGGAUCUUGCCCUGGAAUUGAUGAAUUUUGAUUGGAGUCUAUUUAAUGCAAUCCACGAGCAAGAGCUGAUCUACUUCACAUUCAGCAGACAGGGGAGCGGGGAGCACACUGUGAACCUCAGCCUGCUGCUCCAGAGAUGCAACGAAGUGCAGCUCUGGGUGGCCACUGAGAUUCUGCUCUGCAGCCAGCUGGGCAAGCGGGUGCAGCUGGUGAAGAAAUUCAUCAAGAUCGCGGCGCACUGCAAAGCCCAGAGAAACCUGAAUUCUUUCUUUGCUAUUGUGAUGGGCCUCAACACUGCUUCUGUGAGCCGACUGGCACAGACCUGGGAGAAAAUCCCUGGAAAAUUUAAGAAACUUUUCUCUGAACUGGAAAGUUUAACAGAUCCUUCCCUCAAUCACAAAGCCUACAGAGAUGCGUUCAAAAAGAUGAAGCCACCAAAGAUUCCUUUCAUGCCUUUAUUGCUUAAAGAUGUAACAUUUAUUCAUGAAGGAAAUAAAACCUUUUUGGAUAAUCUCGUCAACUUUGAAAAGCUGCAUAUGAUCGCAGACACUGUCCGAACUCUUCGACACUGUAGGACCAACCAGUUUGGUGACGUGUCUCCAAAAGAGCAUCAGGAGCUGAAAUCCUACGUGAAUCACCUGUACGUCAUUGACAGCCAGCAGGCCCUGUUUGAGCUCUCACACCGGAUCGAGCCCCGGCUGUGA